CACCAUUCUUCUUUGCUCAUCAAAGCCAACAACAAACACUUGUUUUACCUUUUGGCUUCCUCUCCUUGUCCUUUGCCAUAGUUGAGGUUUCAGAUUUUGUCAUCUAAGAUACCAUAUAUAAGAAGGAAGCAUGAACGGACAGCUCACAGUCCCCCCGGGCUUCCGAUUUCACCCUACGGAUGAAGAGCUCCUCUACUAUUAUCUGAGGAAGAAAGUGGCCUAUGAAGCCAUUGAUCUCGAUGUCAUCAGAGACAUUGAUCUCAACAAGCUUGAACCCUGGGAUCUCAAAGAUAAGUGCAGAAUCGGAACUGGACCUCAGAAUGAAUGGUACUUCUUCAGCCAUAAGGAUAAGAAAUAUCCGACAGGGACGAGGACGAAUCGGGCGACAACAGCUGGAUUCUGGAAGGCUACAGGGAGGGACAAGGCCAUCCACCUCAGCAACUCAAAGAGGAUUGGGAUGAGAAAAACCCUAGUUUUCUACACCGGGAGAGCACCCCAUGGUCAGAAGACCGAUUGGAUUAUGCACGAAUACCGACUUGAUGAAGGCUGCACAGAUGUUCAGGAAGAUGGAUGGGUUGUAUGCAGAGUAUUCAAGAAGAAGAACCACCAAAGAGGCAUCCCACCCCAAUCUCUCCUCGAAGAAGAAGACUACCACCGACUCAGUCACCAACAACCAACCGGCUCAACCUCAUUUGACCAUAAACACGCCAACUACCAAAUCCCCACCCCCUGCGAUUUCUCCUUCCACAGCUCAAUGCACCUCCCUCAGCUACUCAGCGCGGAGUCCUCAGUGCACCAGAACUUCACUAGCAUCCCUCCUUCUUUGUCCUUGAACACCUUAGACCUGGAGUGCUCUCAUAACCUCAUGAAGCUCACUUCGCCCUCAGACUGGUCGAUCUUGGACAAGCUCUUGGCUUCUCACCAGAACUUAGACCACAUUUUUCAUAACAACAAGUGCAGUCCUCCAACAGGGCAGGCUAGCAUGGACAUUGGCUCUGGAGGGCAGAAGUUUCCUUUUCAGUAUCUUGGGUGUGAUGCUCAUGAUCAAAUGUUCAAGUUUUCUAAGUGAGAGGUUACUUGUUGGUUUGCUUUGUUUAGUUGUGAUAAUUAAUUUUGGAGUAUGCACUGCUUCUUUUAUCAUCUAAGUGUUUUCUUGAGGUUCAUAUUGAGCUUUUGAAAUGUAUAUAAGUGCGCUAUUGUUUUAUGACGUGCAUGUUGUGGAUUGUUUGGGGUGUUUUUAUUUUGGUUAAGAA